AAGUUGGAGCUUGCUGUUCUUCCCCAUCUAAUCCUUGCAUCCCAAAAGGAAAAGAAGAAAAAGAGAUUGAUCAAAUUCUACAUACAAACACCGCUAUAUAAAGACAGUUACUUAAAGAAGUGGAGCUGCUAAUGGGUUCGUCCUCCACCGAAGCUUUUCCAGCAAUGCAGGAGACUUUGCUUGAGUUUCGUGCUGGUAAAAUGUUGUUGGAAGGAAAAAGGGUUGUCCCUGAUACACGUAAAGGACUCAUUCGCAUAACUAGGGGUGAGGAGGGACUGGUGCAUUUUCAGUGGCUUGAUCGCACACAAAAUGCUAUCGAAGAUGAUCAGAUUAUUUUUCCUGAUGAGGCUGUUUUUGAGAAGGUUAAUCAAGCAUCAGGCAGGGUUUACAUAUUAAAGUUCAAUACCGACGACCGGAAGUUCUUUUUCUGGAUGCAGGAGCCUAAAGCAGAAGAUGACUCACAAUUAUGUAGCUCAGUAAAUAAUAUCAUCAAUCAACCAUUAGAAUUCCUUGGUGACGAAGAGCCUGAUGCUUCUGCACCUUUGCAAGUGUCUGAAGACAUGGUUGAAGAUGAUAUUUCAUCAAGAGCUGGAAACUUGACUGUUACAAACUUAGGUGCUGAAGCAAUUAGUGAUGUAACCUCUUCAUCAGGGCCAGUUAAAUUGGAAGACUUGCAAAGAAUAUUGAGCAGCAUUGGGCCAGCAGAGAUAGCUGGUGAUCCUGAUGGAGGCUUGGAAUUAGGGGACAUUUUGAAGCCAGAUUUGAUAAUGCCAUUGAUUGAGACAUUGCCAUUGGAAGAGCGAUUAGCUUCAUAUUUACCUGAGGGUCAAUGGACACCGGAGGAUCUGUUGGAGUUGCUGCAGAGCCCUCCAUUCCGUCAACAAGUAGAUUCAUUUACUUAUGUACUUCGAACAGGACAGAUAGAUUUGUCUCAGUUUGGAAUUGACCCAAGUAAAUACAAGUUCACGGUUUUGUCUUUCCUCGAGGCACUCGAAGAUUCUGUUUCAAAGAUGUCUGAGUCAGGAGAUACAUGGCAAGAUGAUAAGGAUUUAAGACCUCAGUCAUGUAAUCGUAACAACCCCAUGGACGAGAGCAAGUGAUGGAGAUAAUUUCAUCCAUUGGUGUUUCUCUCACCCUUGUUUAUUGUAGGAGAGGUGAAAUGUUUCUUUAUCCUUUUUUUUUUUAUUAUUAAUUUUCUGGUUGGGUUUACAUUUCAUAGGAAUGGUUUUUGUUGUGGUUCGAACUUUCAGCUAUUUUACAGUAUAACAAAAAAUUUCUGUUGUAGGAUAAGUGGAUAUAAUUUUAUUGCUUUAAGACCCAUAUUUUUAGUACCUGAACAGCUAGAGAAACCAAUGAAUUGGUGAGACACAGAUAAAGGAUUAAUAUCUUGGGCAGCU